GCAUCAUAUGUCAUUGGGUUUUGAUUCAUGGUUCCUGUUGACGGUGAUAUGGCUCAAACUCGACAAUUACGAUCUGGUCCCAGUUCUUGAACAAGUGGUCAAGUUCAUCCGGUUGCACACCAUGCACCAAGGCUUCUGCUCUUGGGGCAAUUUUCAUGCCAAUGAUCCGCAAUGGAGGCAAUCUACUUUUGAGGUGCUUUGGGUCCACUUUCACCAGAAGCCGUGGCCUACACAGGAAGUCCUGGCGUCCAGAGCUUGUUUGGAGUGCGUUUGCCCUCUUCAUCAUCCAUGGCAAGCUCAUGCAGGAGCCAGCGCCUUGUCUUGCUUGAUGCUGUCGUCGACCUGAGAGGGGUGCUGAGCUGUGCAAGGGCAAGUGAACAUGGUGUUUUUCCCUGCGUUGC